UGGUGGACGUGUGUGACCCCAAGGAACCGAUGGCACAGCAGAUCGGCUCCCUGGAGGAUGAAGAUCUGAUACUCAGCAGCAACAGACUCUCCCCUCCAGCCUUUGGAUUCCAACAGAUCCUUGUCUUCAAGACUUUCACAGGCCGGGCCCUCCUUGUGUUGCUGCUUUUCUCUUUCAUACUCUUCACUGGACUCCUGAUGGCCAUCUUUAUCCAAGUCUCCAACAUCUGCAGACCCCAUGAGAUGGAACCCUCGAAACAGGAGAUCUACCAGGAACUGAACCAGCUGAAGUCUGGACUUGCUCGCCUGUGCCGCCCAUGUCCUUGCGAGUGGACCUUCUUCUUAGGAAACUGUUACUUCUUCUCCAACUCCCAGAGGAACUGGCAUGAAUCCGUCAUUGCCUGCCAGGACGUGGGGGCCCAACUCGUGGUGAUCAAAAGUGCCGAGGAGCAGAACUUCCUGCAGCUGCAGAUCUCCAAAAGUAACCACUUCAGCUGGAUAGGGCUCUCAGACCUGAAACAUGAAGGGACAUGGCACUGGGUGGACAAUUCAACCCUGUUGACCAGCUCCUGACUCCCACCAUGAUUUCGGUCACUGUGAAUCUGACUCCUCUGGGAACCUCCAAUGAGUGGAAUCACACAGUAUCUGGCCUUGUGUGUCUGGCUUCUUUUACUAAGCAUAAUGUCCUCAAGGUCCAUCCAUCUUGUAGCUGGUGGCCACUUGGGUCUUUCUAU